CUCCUCAGUGUGGGUUCAGCAGCGUGUGCAGUGGGAGGAGCUAAAGUUUGGAGGUUUGAGGAGGAGGAGGCUCGUCUGCUCCUCACGCGCACGGAGGAGGAGGAGGAUGGUCUCCACGCUUACAAUCAGUGCUACGAAGCAGCAGAGGCGCACUUUAAGGAUUUUAAUCUUGGUUUUGACUCGUUUUUCCCCGUCAGUCUCGGUUGUAAGCGGCUCCACGGACGUGUGAUCAGCGUGUCGGGUGUGAGGGUGUCGGCUCUGAGGCUGAAGCUCCGGGUUCCAGGUUUCACACCUUUCACAACGAGGACACACGAGAAGCGGAGUAACAUUUGAAAUCAGCACAUAUCUCUUGUUGUUACAGGAGCAGUCAUACUCUGCCUCAACAUACAUAUCCAAAAUGACUUUUACUAAGUGGCCACUGGUCGGAGCUUAGCACUGAUCCAUCGCAGAGCUACUACGAGUGGAUGAAAACCAGCAGCUUUUAAUCCAGAAAGGAUUCCUCUUCUCUGUGAUAAGAGUCUACUAACUGUGUGUAAGGACCACUGGGAGUACAACAAUCAAGUCAAGGACACGUUCCCUCGCCCCCCCUCCCCUCAUCCUACAGGAAGAUGAGAGUGAAAAAAUAAAGCUCUGAAGUCCAGGAGCUUAAUGAAAACCAAAGAAUCUUAGCAAGUAGCGUGCAUUUGUUUAUGUCUGUGUGAGAGGAUCCAGUAACCAUGUGGACGCUAGCUGUGACUGUCCACUCUCUCCUCGCUGCUGUGCUAUUAUUGGCCGCCUACUUCCAAUCAGGGAUGGCCACGGAGGAUGAUGUCACACCGCGCAUCAGUUUCCCGUACAACGCAAAGGAAAGGUCGGCCAAGAGAUUUUCUGCGGACGGCGUCUUCAAUUACACCUCUCUGCUGCUCAGCCAGGAGGACGACAUGCUGUACGUCGGAGCCAGGGAGGCGCUGUUCGCCCUCAGCCUCUCGGACAUCAGCAAGACCAAGCUGCAGAAGAACCUGACGUGGGGCACUCCUGCUGGAAAGAGAGAGGAGUGCAGCUUCAAAGGGAAGAACCUGGAGACUGAUUGCUUCAAUUACAUCAAAAUUCUUCUUCGGCUGAACAGCACUCAUCUCUAUGUGUGUGGCACCUUUGCUUUCAGUCCGAUCUGCACCUACAUAAACACGUCAACGUUCACGCUAGAAAGAGACGAAGUGGGCGAGGUCGUGAUGGAAGAUGGGCGCAGUCGCUGCCCCUUUAAUCCAGAGUACAAGUCCACUGCCAUCAUCGUUGAUGGUGAAUUGUACACUGGGACUGUCAGCAACUUCCAAGGGAACGAACCAGUCAUUUACAAGAGUCUGGGUCAGGGAACGGCACUGAAGACUGAAAACUCUUUGAAAUGGCUGCAAGAUCCCAACUUUGUGGGGUCAGCUUACAUCGAGGAGAGCCAGCCAGCGGGCAACCCUGUGGGUGACGACGACAAAAUUUACUUCUUCUUCAGCGAGGCGGGCAAAGAAUUCGACUUCUUUGACAACACCAUUGUGUCGAGGAUCGCUCGCGUGUGUAAGGGUGAUAAGGGGGGCGAGAGGGUGCUGCAGAAGAAAUGGACCACAUUCCUGAAGGCCCAGCUCCUGUGCUCCCUCCCCGACGACGGCUUCCCCUUCAACAUCAUCCAGGACAUGUUCGUCCUGAAGCCUGUUGGUGACAGCUGGGAGAGCACCGUCUUCUACGGCGUCUUCACCUCACAGUGGUAUAAAGGAGCCUCGGGCAGCUCAGCGGUGUGCGCCUUCACCAUGGCUCAAGUGGAGAGAGCGUUCAGCGGGCGCUACCGAGAGGUCAACAGGGAGACACAGCAGUGGUACACAUACAACCAUCCUGUGCCAGAACCACGGCCCGGGGCGUGUGUGACGAACCACGCCAGGCAAAUGGGCAUCCAGUCGUCUUUGCACAUGCCCGAUAAAGUGCUCAACUUUGUCAAGGACCACUUCCUGAUGGACAGCGUGAUCCGCAGCGCCCCCCUGCUGCUGAAACGCAGCGUGCGCUACACGCAGAUCGCCGUGCACAAGAUCCAGGGCAUGGAGAGGGCUUACGACGUGCUCUUCAUUGGAACAGAUGAUGGAAAGCUCCAUAAGGCCAUCAACGCAAACGAUAAGAUGCACAUCAUAGAGGAGCUGAUUCUGUUUCCUGAGCCUCAGCCUGUGCAACACAUCGAACUGGAUCCUCAGAGGGGUCUGUUGUUUGUUUCCUCCUAUUCUGGGCUGGUGGAGGUUCCUGUGGCCAACUGCUCCAACUACGUCAGCUGUGGAGAGUGUGUGUUGUCCAGAGACCCGUACUGCGCCUGGACAGGGCGGCUGUGUCGGGACGUUAGGAUGGCUCCACCUGACAGCCACUGGCAGCAGGAUGUGGAGGAGGCCGACACCUCAGCCAUUUGUAACAAGACGUUCCCCAGCGUCAGAUCUGCCAGACCACCGGCCACUCGUGGCUCCCAUUGCCAGUUAAUUACGAUCCCAGCCAACACGUUCAGGGUCCUCCCCUGUAAGCUGAGAUCCAACCUGGCACAGAGGAGGUGGCGUUACAGUGACAGUGCCAGCCAGUUCGUCUAUGCCACUCCCGAGGGAAACCUGGUCGUGGUGGCUCAGGGCGACAGGAUGGAGACCUACGAGUGCUGGUCAGAGGAGGAGGGAUUUCGUCAGCUGCUGGCUAACUUCUGUGUGAGGGCCGAGCCCCGUCUGGAGAGCACCACUCUAAUUGGUCAUUCUCGCACGCCACACAUUAAGCAGGAGAGCAUCAUCCUGCCUGGCAUGUCUCCCUCUGAGCAAGUCCACACGAAGACGUACUGGAAUGAGCUGAUUGUGGUGUGCGCCCUGCUGGCGUUCUCCCUCGUGGUGUUCUCCUUGUUCAUCAUCUACAGGAACCGCGAUCACAUGAAGUCCAUGCUGAAGCAGGGCGAGUGUCCCAACAUGCAGCAGAAGAAGCCGAGAAUAGUGGGAAAGCCUGCAGAGAGCUUACCGCUCAACGGUAACCCAAUCCCCGUUUCCACCUCAGAUCACAAGGGCUACCAGACGUUAAAUGACAACUACAUCUGCAGCACGCCCACACACGAGUCCUCACCAGAUAACAGCAAGAGCUUCUCUGAAUCCUCCGACCGGCGGCCGCUCAACCUGAAGGAGAGCCACGUGGAAUACUCCCCGACCUGCCCUCGGCCCAGAGUGAGGCUCGGCUCAGAGAUAAAAGACUCUAUCGUAUGAGAGCACAGUACAAGCUAAAAGAUGCCGCCCUGUAUCUCCGCAAAAGAUUCGGGCCACUGAGCGAAGGAGAGGAGAUGCUGACAUCCUCCAACAUCACAGCACAUCUUUUUAUUUUAGCCAUCUUUGUUCUGUGAUAAUGCGCGGAGGUCAUUUCUUUUAAUCAUUUCCACUCCAGAAUCCAGAGAUCAGUCUGGUUUCCCGCACGAGGCCAGAGAAGGAAGCAGCGCAACAAUCCGGUUUCAACCAGGAUCACUAAACGUGGCAGCUGCUAAGAAUAGUUCAAAUAACAGUCUUUAUUUUUAGUCCAUGUCAUGGCCACUAACAGCGUGUGUGCGAGAGUAGGGCUGGGCAAUAUUAGGGAAGACAUAACGAAACAAACUCUUCUCCAAAUCAAUAUUUAUCACAAUAUCUCUUUAGAUAAGAUCAUACGAUCCAACAAUAAAUUAUCUAGUUGAUGUCCAUCACAUGUUGUAAUAAAAACAAUAGACAAUAAAUUAUAACUAUAGAUAUGUUGUCCAGUUCUUUAUGAGUAUGUAUAACUGCACACGGCUGCCAUACACACUGUUAUUAUGCCCACUCAAACCACGCUACAGCUACACAGAGACGAAGAGGUCAGGUUCAGGAGAGUAGAGCACAUUCAUUAUGAUCCACACACUAUGGAAGCAAGUCAGACGCACAUUUGUCCCUCUUGAAUAAAUGUCACGACUGUGUGAGGUGAUGAAAGACGAGGCAGACCAGGAGAAAACUACAGCACCUUGGCUAAAAAGAGUCUGUUGGAACAAGGACUUUUAAGAAAGAUCAUCAAAGAAAUGUGAGCAGAUGUGAUGCUCCGGGGCCUAAAAACGGACGUGUACCUCCUGGAUUCAUCUUGAUCAAACGCGGCUUGUCUCACUGAUACAAAACUGCACCAUGGACCAUCGCUGCUCAUGUGAGACAGCCCUGUUCUUCAGUAUUGACCUGCAGGUGCCAACGAUGAGUUAAUAAGAGACACAGAAAAGAGACUUGACAUUUCAAA